AUGGAGCUACUUCCAGAAGGUAAAAAGAACCAGGUUCAAGUGCUGUUUGAAGAUCAGCAAAGGAUAAAUGAGUUUUCCAAGUUAAUAAUGAGAAAGGAUGCUACUGCCCAGGAAUUGAGCAACGUCAAGCAAGAGAAAGAAUAUUUGGACGAUGUAUCACUUGAGAUAGAAUUGAUAGACGAAGACGAGCAAAUUCAAUACAAAAUUGGGGAAGCGUUCGUGUUCAUGAAACAAAGCCAGAUCGUGGAGCAACUGGAAAAGGACUCCGAACGGUUUGACAGAAUGAUUGAAGAACUUGAAGACAAGGAGUCACAAAUCGACAGUCGUAUCAGCGAGUUGAAAACUCAGCUAUAUGCCAAAUUCGGCGACAAUAUCAAUUUAGAGCGCUGA